AGCUUUUUUUCCUUUAAGAGAUUGUCUAAUUACAGUUGGUUGGUAACCAUAAAAUGUAAUAACUGGCAACAAAAGAUAAUUUCUACAUUUAAUGAAGUUGUUUGCUGAGCAAUAAGAUAUAACUGCUUUGAUACAUACAAGUUACAGUUUAUGCUGCUACUUUUUAAACAUGGUAUUUUUCCAUGUUACUAGGUUGUUUGGGAAUGGAACUGUUACACUUAAAUGGAAAUUGAAUUAAUUUAGUGCACCAAAAUAGCAUUGUAGAAGGGUUUGGGUGCCUUUUCAAUGAAUCAGAGCAGUGGUCUGACACGCAUUCUGUAGGAAGCUGAUUUAAGUGAGGUGCUAUCCUCAGACAGUGACAGCCUGUGCAGGAGGAUACAUCCACACCAGGGAGUCCUUGCUCCCAUAGGCACUUUCUCUGAAAUCCUGGAUUAAUUUUUCUCAUCUUUGUGCUUAGCUCUCACCUGGGUCUCUGUGCACUUUUUCCAGUGGUGGCUGCAGCCUGCACCCUGCUGCCCUGCACUCCCUCCGUCUCCAGGAGCCAGCCUGCCAUGGGCUUCCUCACCUUCAUCUCAUCCUGAGAGGGAUUUUAAAAAGUGUUCAGGUCUAUGGAUUGGAGCUGGGUUAGUGUUGACCUUUGGGGAGCUCAGGCUGCUGUUUCUGUCUGACAGGAAGGAGGGUGCAGAGGAUGCUGCUGAGAGUGGCAGGAGGGUUGUGGCACAAGCUUGUUGAGGGGCUUGUCCAGCUGAGGCCCUACUCUAUGUCAUUAUUCUGAGAAGUAAAUAGAUGGUGGGGUGGUUGCUGUGGCAGAGGAUGGAGACCAUGGUCCUCACUCUGUGUGACUACUCUGGCACAGUAGUCUGUGCUGCUUGUGCAAACCUUUCUCAGCCCCUCACUUGGCCCCAGCCCUGAAUCUUGGGCAGGGAGCACAAGGUAGGAAUGGCCCCAUUUCCUGCAGAGCUGGCUUCCUUCACUCCUCUGUUAGGGCAUAAUUUCAUCAUAUCUGUUCUGGAGCUGGUGGGAGCUUGGGUUGAUAUGUGGAGUUCCAUCAGUGUUGUCAGACAGCGCUGGAGAGAGGUUGAAGCUGUGGGCUGAUGUUCAGAGCCUCCCUUCCGCCAAGGAGCUCAGAGUAUUUUCCAUCCUUGUCCAAGGCAGGGGCUGCUUCUUGGUUGGCUGCAUCCCUCCUCCCCUGGGACCACUCUCUUCCUUUGCCCCUCUUAUUUCCCAGACAGAGGUCACUGCAGUCAGCACAGUCUGGUGGGAGCUGCUGCUCCAAACCCACCAGCCCUGCCCUAAUGUGGUCUGGGAUCUCUGGUUCUCACCACGCACAGGCUGAGCCUGGAGGGUUAGCACAGACACAGGGCAGGGGACCAGCUCUGAUUCAGCAGGCACCUCAGUGUAACCAAAGCAAGCUCACCCUUGGUCCCUUAUCGGGAAACAGAGAUAGAUAUUCUUAUGGUCUUGCUCGCAGAUCCUGCGACGGUCAUAGCUGCUUUGUUAUGGAUCCAAGGGUGAGGCACCUUUACCAGCACUGGGAUGCUGCAACUCUCAGGUCUUUGAGAAACACAGAAAAGGUGAAGCAAUCACACUCUUUCCACUUGCAUCUGAAACAAGAGGACAUGGUUCCCUCUUGUCUCCUGAAGCUGGUGAGGGCGAUGCCUUAGGCAGUACAGCCAUGGCUUUCCUGGCAUGUGGUGCAGGAAGCAGAGCUUCUCCAGGAAGACGCCAGAGGAACGAGCUCUGACCUGCAUCUCUAUAGGAAACCAAUGAAGAGCUAAAACCAUCAGCACCCGGUGACUGGGGCAGCAACAACUGCUGGGGAUUUUCUGACCUGUUGGGUACCAAGCUCCAGAGCAGGCCUGGAGCUGGAUCCCUGAGAAUCCGAGCCCGUGGGGGUUUGCUGGGUCUCCCCCAGCACUGCUGACAACUGCUCUCCCCUCUGUACCACAGGGUUUGCCCCGGGUUUCAUUCGCCUGGCCCUUUUGGAUGGAUGAUAAAACUGGCAAACAAAGCUGUGGCAUUGCAGCAAUGCCCUUUGGAGGGGUGUUUUUAUUUUAAACUAAACUGAAGCAAAAUUCAGGGCUUGUACCUUUUAACACCUGCAGCUCCCGAGGAACAAGUUGCACCUCUGGGUCAUUUCCCCAGGCAAGCUUUGCUUGAUGACUAUGUGAUGGCUUUGGAUGGGCCCUUACCCCUUAGGGGCUGACAGAUGGGUGAUGGGAAUCUUUUGUCUGCCUGUCCCCUGGUGAUCAGAAGAGUAUAGGGAAAUGCCAGUCCCAUUAGCUCUCCUUUUUGCAGACAGCAAGAAGCUGAUCGUGCAGCGGGGUGGGGGUAGCUGCUUGUGCCCAAAAGCAGCAGUUCUGUCCCACAGCACCUCGUGGCAGGGAUGCCAGUUCCUGGAUGCGGGGAGAUGUCCUGGCGUGUAGGGUUCUGACUUUCUUUUUGUGCAUAAAAUCACCCAUUUUCCCCGCAAAGUUCAGAAGUUCAGGCUAUUUGGGUUCUGCAGAUCCGCCAGAAGUUCAGACUGUCUGGGAUCUGCAAUAGACUUUGUAUACGGUCCCAUUUGUCUAUCACCUUUAUCUUCAGGAGUUCAAACUAACCAAACUGGGUUCUGCAACGAAUUUUGCAGCUUGAGGUUGGUAGAGACAUUAAGACCCAUUUCUCCUAAUGACCCUCACCCAUCGAGCUGCUUGUAAAGACAUUAGCACCCAUUUCUCCUAUCACUUUUCUAGUCAGAAACUGGUUUCAAAGUUGCUCAGGCCUUUGUGCAAGACAGCUCUCCACAAAUCUUUCUUCUGCAUGACUCAAGACAUGACUUGCCACCCCAUGAGAGGCUGUUCGGGCACAGGCCAGCUAUUCAGAGCAGCACAUAGCCAUGUUUGCCACUGGCCGGGCACCUGGCCACCACCUUUCCUGUUUACCCCAGGGUGACAGCAGGGCUCUGUGUCUCUGGCUGUGUGGGAGCAGGUAGUUGGGUGUUUACUGAGCAAGCAUCCGCCAGUGCCCAGCCAGCACCCGGAGCUGGUGGGAUCCCACCCUGUGCUGAAUAGCAGUGCUGCGUUUAGGGCUGGAAAUGGUUACAUGAAGAGCUGUGCCUUGUGGUGCCUGGUCCUAGGAAACCCAGCCCUCAGCUCUUUUCCUUCCAGGUGUUACUGGUGUAUCCUACAGCUCCAUGGCAGAGUGGCUCGCUUUAUUUGGAGGCAUCUUCUGGCCAUGCACAUCUGGAUCCAGGAAAGGCCAAAGGGAGCAUCACUUAGGCUUUUGGUCUUCAUGUUUAAGUUGCUCCAGCUGGAGUUCCCUGUGAGAACUUCUCUGAAUGUGCAGAGCAGUGCUGUGCAUCGCUGUGGGAGCCCUCCUGGGACUGGGGCCCUGGGCCGGGGAAGCACAGCUCCAUCAGGCUGCUCCAGGGUUUUGAAUUCUCCAGCUGGUCGGGGUACUGCAAAGGUCUUGAGAGGGCAAUGUAUUGUGUCUUUUUUUAGGGCCUGUUAAGUGCUGUAGCUGGAGAAGAGCUCUGAUAACUAUCUAUUCUGAAGAGCUUUCAAAAAUUGCUGAAAUUUCCCCAAAACAGUGUAAGAAUGGGCUGCUGGUAGAUGAAUGUUUCUUACUGAUAGCAUCUGCUUUAGAUGUUUCUUCUCUGUGGAGAGAAGGGGCGUGAUGAUGGAUUUGCUUCAGUACCUUUAUUUUUUUUUCUGUAAUUAGCUCAUCAGUCCUCUGUGGCUUGGAUAGAAACUUCAACAGAAAUUGUCAAAAUAUUGACUAUGAGAUGUUUUUAAAUUGAAGAGUCCAUCCUGAUGCGGCUACAUUUCUCUGUUUUCUUCCUGUUUUUACCCUGAAAAAGCCUCACAGGAUCUGUGUUUAUGAACAGGCAGUGUAAGCUUUGUGGUUUUCUUUCUCCUGUAUGCUGUCACAUUGUCUAGCAGCUGUGGAUCUGGGGGGAUCCUUGCUUGCUGCAGGUUCCUUUCAGGGAAGCUGCCACUUUUUGGUGUAGUGAGAGCCUGAGUAACUCCCCAUUUCUAUGACAACAGUUUCACUUCAUGGUGGUGAUGUCUUCAUAGAUAGUUCACAAAGGCAGCUCCCAAAGCACGCCCCAACCCUGUUUGCUGUAGUGUUCUUGCUACCCAUUUCACCUUUCUCUCCAGCAGAAUCCCACAUUUUCCUCAUUUGUGUUUUUUCAGCACCACUUUUGACUCUUUCUCAAUGAACCGAAGAAGACUUAUCUAAAUUUCUUACAGAAGCAGGUCUCAGGUGAUACUUUUAACAAACCCAGAUCCUCUAAAAAAAUUUAAAAGUUGCUCAAGGAUAGAGGGAUUGGUGGUGCUGACCCUAGAGAACAACAGAACAGGACUUGAGGGAGAGAAGGGUAAAGGAAAAGUCCCCUAGAACAGGUCUCUGCCUCAAAAUCCAGGAGGACGGAGGAGCUAUUUGAAUCCCUUUCCCAAGUGUGAGCCUGUGCUGGAAUUGGAAUUAAGGGCAUAAAGAAGUUCCAUUUCUGUCCUUCCCCUCUGUUUCUCCUCUCACUGUGGGAUCUCUGACAAACUUCUCUGUUCCAUAGCAGAGGGUCAGGAGAGAGCAGAGGCCUUGGUGUCACCAUCACCUUUUCCUAGCACAGCUCUAACCUCGCAUCAGCCAAGGGAAGCCUCUGACUUCAGUCCAGUGAUCACUGCCAUUCCUCAGACAAGCCUGGAGAAAAACUUGACCGCUGCAACACUCAGUGCCACUGGUGCCCACGCUACAGAGGUGGAUGGUGCCUUCAUCCCCACCACCCUCAUGGCAGGCUCCAAGCCAGAGAGACUGCAGGCUUCUACCACUGCCCGUCCUGGGGACAUCACAGUUACACACCCUGAGCGUGGCAACAUGAGCUUGUCAGUCAACAGCAGCACUGAAAUCCCCUCCCCUACCUUGACUGCCAGCACUCUGGAAGAAAACCAGACCAGCCAUGAAGCCACAGAACCUUUCAGCACAACUGAAGAACCGGAUGAUGCCAGCAGUGCAACCCCCACGCCUCCUCUGAACACUGUGCCUGCAUCAACUAACAGCUCUCAGUCAGGGCUUUUUGAUGGGCAAACCCUGAGGCCCACAGAAGCAAGGUCUGAAACCAAGCCAGGAACGAGCCCUGUGGGUGCCACAGAGGAGAGCACUGUGGGGCCCAGAACGUCCUCUGCUCCCUUCUCCACUGCAGGGAGCACGUCCAUCGCUACUGCCUCCAGGACUUUGCCGGUGACACCUCUCGUGACCAGCUCCACCUCUGCCAGCACAGCUGCCAUCCCCACCAGCACACCUACACUGGCACAGUCAUUGGAGCACAGGCAUGAGAAGACUUCUGUGUUGGAUGUUGGUGACGAUGACAACUCAGAGCUACCCAAUUUGGCUGGUAAAACGAGGGCUGAUCCCUUGGUAAUCACUGUGAUCUCUGUCUUCAUUGUCAUGGUGGGCAUCCUGGGCCUGGUGGGCUUCCUGCGAUACCGCCAGCACAACAACCGCAUGGAGUUCCGGCGCCUGCAGGACCUGCCCAUGGUCCCUCUCCUUCCAUCCAAGGUUUGAAUCAAGACAGCAAGUCUCAAGGCUGGGUACUAAAGAAGCUCUCUGCCUUCCCCUCACUCUGCAGGGGAAUGCUGAGAGGUUAGAGAGAGGAAGGAGAGCUCCAUCCAGGCUUGUCCUGAAAUGACACCUUCCUAACCUCUCCUCCUGUUUUCUGAUAUAUUUGCUUUGUAACUAUGACAAAGCAGAUUUUAUGCUCUGUUUCAGGGAGGUUGACUGUUUGUCUGUCUGUCUGUCUGUGUUUGACCCUUUGGGAAUACAAAAAUCUAUGAGGCUGGACUAGCUCUGGGGAAGCUGCAAAUAACUCCCUGAAUGUUUUGGGAUAGAGGAGUACCACAGCUAGCAAGCAAGCUGGUGCUGUUUCAAGCUGAGUGGAGUUUUCAACAGCCAGAGUUUUCCACAUCCCUGCAGCAGCCAGGCAGUUCCUGCACACACCUCUUCUCUCCAAAUGCUGCAGCAGGAGGGAGACUGACAAUUCUGAGAUCCAGGAACUGCACAGUGGCAGCAUUUAGGUGGAUGGCUGAGAAGCCACACCGUGGCUGAGAAGGUUGUGCUGACUGCACAGCAGUCUCCCAGGCUGGGACCAUGAUGCCAUCAUGCAGACAUCUCAUUAAAGCACCCUCUUCUCUGCUUCUAGGAUGACAUGAUGGAGGACACCCCUCUCUCCCUCUACAGCUACUAGGCAACCAGGCUGUCCACUGCCCAGAGGAAAAGGCCUUGAGGACUUGGUCCCAGACGAUCUCCUGAGCAAUGAGGGGCUGUGAUUUGCACACAACUGAAAGAUCCUUUUCAGAUGGUUUUUGGUUUUAGACAUUUUAAAUAGUUCAGUGUUGAAGUUCUUAUGCUGCGAAUCAGAGCCCAAGUCUGACCCCUUUCUCCAGGCUUUCCUCAAAACAAUGCCCUGAAGAGGUGUCUCCUCCUUUUAGUGUGGCAACCAAUUAGCCAAGACAACCUUUGCCAUGAUGUUCUGCAUGGAUCUCUUCUGUUCAUCUUGGUGGCUGCUGCCUUCAAAGGAGGUGGGCAAGUGAUCCAGACUAGGGCUCUUAACGCUGGUGGUGUCAGCACAGUAGCAGCAAAGGAGACUGCUGUUUUCUGAGGAAGCCAAGGAUGUGGAAAUCAGUUCUCUUGGGCUCCCUCUUGUUCUGUAUUUUUAAGGUUAUUUGUUUUGGGGGUUGUCUUGCACUUUUUUUGUUCCUGUUUCAGCUUUAGUCCCAGGAUUUGCAUUACCCGUCCUGAAACACCUACCAGGAUAAAAGACUACUCUGCUUCCUUCCUAGAUGUAUGCCUUUUCUCUUUAACCAGGGAAAACAGUUUUGUGGCCACUGGAGAAGUGCCCCUGCUACUUGAUGUUGCUUUGAAGUUGCUGGGAGGAAAAUGAACAUAAUGUUAGCUUAACUGAGCUUGAUAGGACUCAGUUUAUUGCCAAUUAGACACACUAAUUUGGUCUCUCCAAAAUUACGAAACCGUGUCUCCUACACUUGAUGCUUUUGGCAUAUGUGUAAACUCCUUUUUCCAGGCUCAGUAAAUGCUCUAGUCCAUUUCCCUGCCUGGGCUAACACAAGCUUUUCCUCAGGUACCUCCCAUUUUGCUUCUAGCAUCUGGUUGCUGGAAGUUGUUGUACAAAACUGGUACUUCGCUCUCCCUCCUGUGCUAUGCAAAGUCAAAGCUCCUCUACUUUCUGAUGUUGGUCUUUUGAGCCAGUUGGUGUCUUGUCAUGAGGAUAGAUCCUGGAUGUAGGUGCCUUCCCUUUCUUGGUGUUAUGCUGAUUAGAUUCUGCACUUUUGCCUCAAAAUAUCACUGCUGUAGACUGCAUCCAAGGCUCUUGAGGCCUCUCAAGGAAACCCAUAGACCAGAGCCUCUGAGUGUAAAUCAGAGGAUCUUUUGGUGCCCUUGCCUCAGAAACACCAGAGUGUGUGUGACAUGAGAGUCUUCAUGUAAUUACACCUGCUCCUGUUUUCUAACUCACAUUUGACUGCAGGUAAAUGGAAACACAUGCCUUCUCUAGAGUGUUUGAUUUUUGACUAACCCAGUUGCUCCCUCAGGAUACAGCAAGGGCUAGAGUUUAUCUGCCACAUUGCUCUUACAAGCCUCAGUUUCUCCUCUCCUUUCAAUAUCAGCAUCACUGAACCCCACAAAGGACAGAUACCAGACCUCACUUGCAAAAGAACCCUCUUUUUCCCAGUGCUGUUACUGGUUGUAGCAGGGAAGGGGGAAUUUCCCCAUCAGCUGAGCUCAAUUUACCUGGAAACCCCAGAGGUAGAGCAGAACCAGUUUGAGCCAAAUAGAUGAACUGGAUAUGGCAGCAGGUCUUCCUCCCUGUGUUGCUGCUUCCAGAGUGGCUGGAAGCAGAAGUUCUGCUGUUGGCUUUGGCCUUCCAUCUGUGCAUUGAUGCCCAGUAAAAUAGGGAGGAGGGCUGGUUCUCUCCUGUGAUUGCAUGAGAACUAAAGAGCAAUUGUCACAACUCCAAAGCUUUUGUAUCAAGCCUUGUCUGCACAGAGCAAUCUCCCUAGCUACAGACUUGUUUCCCCUGCCGGAGGGCAGGGUGCUACUGGUUUUCGGCACAAAGUUGGCAAGUUAGUGGUGGAAAACAGAACUCCAUCCUGGCUGGAACUGGUGCAGGCUGGCAUAUCUGGGAAGUGUGUCUGCACACAAUCAAAAGGGCAGGGGCUGGUUGUUCUGGUUUCCCAUGCAUCACUGUCCAGGGGAAAGGGAUGAGGAGGAAAACUCGCCCAACACCAAAGUGCAACUUUGUUUGUAAAAUAUGUUGAUAGUGGAUUUUUUUUUUCUGCAAUAAAGUUACAAAUGCCAAAAGUG